AUGAUUUUUGAUACAAUAAUAGCUAGAGCAAAUGAUGGGUUAUUGCUUUGCGAAGUACAAUCAAAUGAAAAAGUCUAAUUAAGCUUGGAAUUGAAAAGAUAGAUAAAAUUAGUAUUGAAACGUGGCAGUUUAUCAAUGGAUGUAUAGUUUCGAUAAUUGGAUUCCCAAUAAAGCAAUGUAAAGGCGGUUUAUAAGACUUCCAAUGGAGUUUGUUAUAUUGUCUUUUAUGAUCCUAGUUUUAAUCUGGCUUGCUGCUAUCUUGAUGAAAUUGAAAAAGGGUUCUAAGAUGAAUUACAAAUCAGAUAUGGGACCUCUAAUGUUAAUUAUAGAUCUAAAUUAGAGACUAUUGAAAGCAACGAUUCAUAUUGUUUUUAAUAAUUUGAAAGGUUUAUAAAAAAGAAGAAAUAAGAAUUCUAAGAUUAAUCAUCAUCCAAGAAUCUGGAAAGAUUGAAAACUGAAAUGACAGACCUCAAAAAAAUAAUGAAUGAAAACGUCAAAUUGCUCUUUGAUAGAGAUGAGAAAUUGCAAGACAUGAACGAGAAGGCCAAAUCUUUGAAGGAAGACUCUAAAUUAUUCAAGGACAAAGCUGCAGAAUUGGAAUGGUCUAUUUGGUUUAAGAAAAAUUCUGUUUGGUUUAUUUUUGCAGGAUUCCUAUUGGUCUUCGUAAUUUUUAAAAUUUAUUGA